AUGGCAAGCUCAAGCACUGCAGUGGCGAAGGCACUGUCGCCUACAGGCAGCAGGAAACCGUCUCUGCCCCCGCUUGAGAUACCCACACCUCUUCACUCGGACAACGCAGAAGUAGUCUCGGAUACCAGCGAGACGGUAACACCAGUCUCACAACACUCACUGUCGUCUGUACCAGGAUCAUCGAUACCCGAAAGUCACGUAGAGGUUGCCUCUUCCCAGUCUCACGAGAGCAAGCCACAGUCGUUCAUAGCUGCUGCCUCCACAACCCCUCCCUCCGUCAACCCAGCGCCUCACACCGAAGACCAGUCUCUUGUUUUCAACAAGUUCAUUCUAUACGAGAACCGGCUGCGCUUCUACAUUGUCGCAUCUAACACGUCCGACUCACGACACAAGAUCAUCAAGAUCGACAGGACCUCGCAGGAUGAACUGGAGGUAGUCGAGGAUGAGGCCGUCUACAGCGGGAAGCAGAUGAGCGCCAUGCUCAAGAUGCUCGAGGAUGGGAACCGGGGCAGCGGAGGCCUUGGGCGAGCGAGGGUGUUCUUCGGCAUCGCUGGUUUCGUGCAGUUCACGGCGGGGUGGUACAUGAUUGUGAUCUCGAAACGCUCUGUGGUCGCGCUGCUCGGUGGGCACUACAUCUACCACUGUGAGAGCACGGACAUCCUGCCGGUGUGCUUCAACCACAAGAUCGACAAGCCUGCAGAGGAGCAACGCCUCAUGAACAUCUUCAAGCAAGUCGACAUGUCCAAGAAUUUCUACUUCAGUCACCAGCUCGAAGAACCACUGGCUAUUGCCCUGAUUCACGGGCAUGUCGAUCAGGCUAAACUCACCGUGCUCGGACGUGUUAUCUUCAUCACCCUCAUCGCCCGGCGGUCCAGGCAUCAUGCCGGCGCACGCUACCUCAAGCGCGGCGUGAACGACGAAGGCAACGUAGCCAACGAGGUUGAGACGAGCAGAUCGUCUCCGAGACGCUCACCACCCGUUCUACUACCCUGCGCGGCGCACCCCGGACGGCGAACACCAAAGCCGGCGACCAGCCCCAACUUCACGAGCUACGUGCAGUACGAGGCAGCAUCCCGUCUAUGGGCACAAGAGACCAACAGCAUGAGUCCCAAGCCGCCCAUGAGACGUCAUGGACCCGUUCUACACUGCCGCGUCCCGACACUUGCCGAUCUAUUCGCGCGGUACGGCGCACCGCUGAUGCUGCUCAACCUCAUCAAGAAGCGCGAGCCCGUCCCGCGCGAGAGCAAGCUGGCGUCGAGUACCAGCAAUGACGGCUUCUUCCACUCUGGGCCGGAACCCUUCUCGCAUGCACUCGACAUCGAAGCUGAGCUGAACGCGUCAGACAGGUCAUGGCGUGGCACGAUGCUGCUGCAGAACGGCAUCUGUCGGACCAACUGCGUAGACUGCCUCGACCGAACGAACGCCGCGCAGUUCGUCUUUGGAAAGCGCGCGCUCGGCCACCACUUGAACAUGCUCACCGAGAUGUACCACGAUCACGGUGACAGUUUGGCCCUCCAGUACACCGGGAGCGCCCUCGUCAACCGUGUCGAGACCUACCGCCGCAUGCCCCACUGGAACAGCCAUUCACGCGACAUCAUCGAGAACCUCCGCCGGUUCUACGCCAACUCCCUCCUCGACGCCGAUAAGCAGGCCGCCAUCAACCUCUUCCUGGGAUCAACCCCGAGCGCGCCGUCGCACGCGCGCCGCAGAGGGGCAAAUUGCGAGCGUGGGAUCAGCCAGUUCAUCAAUACUCGGGGCGACUUCUGGAUCGAGUAUUAUAAGCCGCUGUUGUUUACCUCUUUGGGGAAGCACUUUGCGUUUUCGAUGAACAGCACGCUGAAGCUGCCUGGCAAAACCGCGCGAGAUAUCAAUCACAGUCCUUUUCUGCCCCAAUACAACCCAUCAUCGCAUCAUCAUCACCAUCCGAAGCUGAUGGACGGAGUACGGCGCUGGAUGCGCUCUAGCCCAAAGGGCUCACACAUGUCUCCCGUGGACGGAGUGGCACGUCCACGCUCCCGCUUCGUCGGCAACGCAGUAGAGCUGGAUCCAACUUCCACUGAGGCAAUCGCUACGCAGCUCCUCAACCCAAACGUGGCGCCGAAGGAAGAGGACGAAUACCAAGAAUACGUCAACCAGUACGAAGAGCUGCUUGUGACAACUGACGACGGCGUGGCUCGUGACGACCUCGAGAAGUACCAGAGCGGGUGUUCAUCGCCCACGGAUAUGAGCAAGAAGUGA